AGUCGAGACGUUUCAGGUGAGACGCAGAGGAGAGGAGUCACGCAGAGCGACAGAAAUCUUCCUGCAGAAACUUUUCACGGGACAGCACCCAGCGGAUCCAGCAGUCAUGUCCUCCAGGCCAAACGGGAGUCCGCCUCCCUACGAGUCGGACGGAUAUAACGGCCCCCCCCAGCCCGCCUAUUCUUAUUACCCAGAUGACGAGUUCCAGCAUUUCUACCGCUGGACGUCUCCGCCAGGCAUCCUCAAAAUCAUGGCCAUCAUAGUCAUCGUGCUGUGCGUCGCCAUAUUUGCUUGCGUUGCCUCCACCUUGGCGUGGGACUCUCAGGGAGCCAUGUCUGGCUUUGGGGGUAUUGGGGGGGGUUAUGGCGGGGGCGGGUAUGGCGGAGGGUAUGGCGGCGGGUAUGGCGGCGGCGGCAGUUACAGUGGCGGGUACGGCACCUUUGGAGGCGGCGGGUAUGGAGCUGGAAACAACUACGGUUACGGCGGAAUCGGAGGGAACUACAACGACCCCCGAUCAGGCAAAGGGUUCAUCAUCGCCAUGGCAGCCAUCAUCUUCAUCGCCUGCCUGGUCAUCUUCAUCAUCGUCGUGUCCCACCAGGGCCUAUCAGAGAGCAGGAGGUUCUACCUAGCAGUGGUGAUCAUCUGCGCCUUCCUAGCGCUGCUAAUGCUAAUAGCCUCCAUAGUGUACCUGAUGGCGGUGAACCCCAUGGCGCAGUCGUCCGGGUCGGUCUACGCCAACCAGAUCGCCGGCCUGUGCGCCCAGUACCAACAACCACAGCCCUCAGGAGUGUUUGUCAACCAGUACCUGUACCACUACUGUGUGGUGGAGCCUCAAGAGGCCAUCGCCGUGGUGUUCGGCUUCCUGGUCGCCAUCGCCCUCAUCAUCAUGCUCGUGUUCGCUCUGAAGACUCGACAGAAAAUCAGAAACUACGGAAAGAGCAACAUUUUGUGGAGGAGAGUGAAGGUGAUCGAAGAGGAGGCGCCACCUCAGGACGUGGAGGCGUGGGUGAACAAUGUGUCUGUCCCCCCUGAGGAGCUGCCGAUGGCGGACUACCCUGAGAAGCUGAGGGGCUCCAGGACUUACCUGGAUGAAAGCUCCAACUAUGACAAACCCCCCUACAGCUACUCCCCACAGCCUCCGGUGGAAAACAACAUGCCUUUGCAGAACGGCGUUCCCUACAGCAGUAACUCGGAGGCGGCCAGCUCGGCCGGACGGCCCAAAAAGAGACGCCCGGCUCGACCGCGACGCGCUGAUGGACAGGACUACGACACCGACUACUACUCAUCAGGAGACGAGCUGGACGACAACGACUUUGACAGUGAAUUUCCUCCGAUUGCAAACGAGCAGGAGCGCAACGACUACAAGCGCGAAUUCGACCGCGACCACCUGGAGUACAAAGACCUGCAGGCGGAGCUGGACGCCAUCAACAAGAAUCUGUCAGAGGUCGACCGCGAGCUGGACGAGCUGGAGGAGGGAAGCCCACAGUACCUGGACGCCUUGGAUGAGUACAACAGGAUAAAGAACCUUAAAAAGUCUGCAGAUUACCAGAUGAAGAAGCGCAGGAGUAAAUACCUGAAGUCCAAACUGAACCACAUCAAGAAGAUGGUGAGCGACUACGACCGCAUGGCCUGAACAAACCUGCGAGCAUCACACACCUGUCCCAGACGGGACAGAGGGGACUAAACUGGGUUUGGCA